AUGCGUCUAAGAAUCAUAACCAAAUGCCUGGAACUUAUCAAUAUUGCCUUUUUCUUUUUCCAUUACUUUUUUUUCGUUUCAUUCGAAGUUACUUUUGUAUUUUUUUUUUCAUUUUCUCUUACCCAUUUACAAUUUCGCGUCAUUUUUUUUUCUUUUCAUUGCUUCUUUUUUUCAGUUCUUGACUUUCCUUUCAUACAAAUUUUCUUUUCUUUUUUAUCUUCCAUUCCAAAUUUUUCUUUUUCGAUUUUGCUUAAUUGUUUUCCUUCUCUUUUUAAUAUUUUCUUUCAUUUUUUUCUUUCUUUUAUUCUUCAUUUUAUUUAUAUUUUAAUUUUCUUAUCUACGAUUCUAUUGUUUGUUUGUUUCUUUCCAUUUUUUCUCUUUCUUCCACUUACUCUUUCUUCAUUGACAUUUUUUCCUUUUCUUUCAUUUGAGGAGAAUCAACGUCUUUCCAUCUUCUCCUCACUUCGUAUCUCCUUCCUUCCAAUUCGUCUUAUUUUCCAAAUGAUUGCAUAUAAUCGAUUUCAUUUAUUUCUUUCUUUCUUUCUUUCUUUCUUUCUUUCUUUCUUUCUUUCUUUUGCCUUCUUCAUUCUGUUGGCUUGUUUUUCUUGUCUUUCUUUUGACCUCUUUCUUUCUUACUUUCUUUUUUCUUUCGUUCUUUCUUUCUUUCUUUCUUUCUUUCUUUCUUUCUUUCUUUCUUUCUUUCUUUCUAUCUUUCUUUCGUUCUUUCUUUCAUUUGGCUUCUUCUUUCUUUCAUUCUUUUGA